AUGUUUAACAUUUAUACCAACGAUCAACCAAUAUACACAGAUAGCGACGUAAAACAUUAUAUUUACGCAGACGACACAGCAAUCGCCGUACAACACGAUCAGUUUGAAAAUGUAGAGGAAAAACUAUUGACUACUUUGGACAUUCUUGGAAAAUACUAUAGACGCAAUUACCUAAAACCCAAUCCAAGCAAAACACAAAUAUGUGCUUUCUACCUAAGGAAUCGAUGUGCCAACCGUAUCCUUAACGUCUACUGGAAUGAGACGAAAAUCACUAAUACACAGUGUCCAAAAUAUCUCGGAAUAACACUAGACCGAUCUCUCAUCUACAGAUUCCAUUGCGAAAACAUCAAACAUAAAAUAAUGACAAGAAAUGGCAUAUUGCGGAAGCUCAGUGGCUCCACAUGGGGCUGUAAUCCCCAAGUCCUAAGAACUACGGCAUUAGCCUUAUGUUUUUCAGCGGGAGAGUAUGCCAGUCCAGUAUGGGGUAGAUCAUCACAUACUAAAAAGGUCGAUGUUGCACUAAAAGAGUCCUGCCGACACAUAACUGGUUGCCUAAACAACACACCGGUAGAACAAUUAUAUAUACUUUCAGGAAUAGCCCCUCUGCCAAUAAGAAGAUCCACGCAAGCAGACUGGGAGAGAAUGAAAAUAACAGCAGAUCCACGACACCCUAUGUAUGGCAUAACUCCACAACUCCCUCGCCUUAAAUCCAGGAAGAGUUCCAUGAACCAUACAAAAGCCAUCUCGUCAACAAAUCCUGAAGUAGAAAGAACGACCAGAUGGAGAAAUGAGAUAAGCAGUACCCCCAGCUGGGUGCCGAACAAGUCGCUCCCAUCUGGUCAUAAUGAAACAUGGCCGGUUUGGCGAACACUAAAUCGACUCAGGACAGGAAUUGGACGAACAAAAGACAAUCUAAUAAAAUGGGGACUGCUAGAUAGCACAGACACCUUGCGCAUAUGUGGAGAAGUACAGACAAUGCAACACAUUAUCACAUGCACAGCUUGUUCCCAAACCUGCACCCCAGAAGACAUUCACAAAGGCACAAGCCAAGGAAUUAACGUAGCCCGCAUCUGGGCAGAAAUAAUAUAA